CUUUGGCUCCAUUCUCUGCCAGCUUCUCCACUCUUCAGACACCUUCCUAUCUCCAGCAUGACUUGUGGCUUCAGCUCCAUGGGCUGUGGGUUUGGCCCCAGGAACUUCAGCUGCGCCUCGGCCUGCGGGCCCCGGCCAGGGCGCUGCUGCAUCACGGCCGCCCCCUACCGCGGCGUCUCCUGCUAUCGCGGCCUCACCGGGGGCUUUGGCAGCCAGAGCGUGUGCGGGGGCUUCCGCUCUGGCUCCUGCGGCCGCAGCUUCGGAUACCGCUCUGGCGGCGUGUGCGGACCCAGCCCGCCCUGCAUCACCACCGUGACUGUCAAUGAGAGCCUCCUCACGCCCCUCAACCUGGAGAUCGACCCCAAUGCGCAGUGCGUGAAGCAUGAGGAGAAGGAGCAGAUCAAGUGUCUCAACAGCAGGUUCGCUGCCUUCAUCGACAAGGUGCGCUUCCUGGAGCAGCAGAACAAGCUGCUGGAGACCAAGUGGCAGUUCUACCAGAACCGCAAGUGCUGUGAGAGCAACCUGGAGCCGCUGUUCGAGGGCUACGUGGAGACGCUGCGGCGGGAGGCCGAGUGUGUGGAGGCCGACAGCGGGAGGCUGGCCUCGGAGCUCAACCACGUGCAGGAGGUGCUGGAGGGCUACAAGAAGAAGUAUGAAGAAGAAGUUGCACUUCGGGCCACAGCAGAGAAUGAGUUUGUGGCUCUAAAGAAGGACGUGGACUGCGCCUACCUCCGCAAGUCGGACCUGGAGGCCAACGCGGAGGCCCUGACCCAGGAGAUCGACUUCCUGCGGCGACUGUACGAGGAGGAGAUCCGUGUCCUCCACGCCCACAUCUCAGACACCUCCGUCGUCGUCAAGAUGGACAACAGCCGGGACCUGAACAUGGACUGUGUCAUUGCCGAGAUCAAGGCUCAGUAUGACGACAUCGCCAGCCGCAGCCGGGCUGAGGCUGAGUCCUGGUACCGCAGCAAGUGUGAGGAGAUGAAGGCCACAGUGAUCCGUCACGGGGAGACCCUGCGCCGCACCAAGGAGGAGAUCAACGAGCUGAACCGCAUGAUCCAGAGGUUGACGGCCGAGGUUGAGAAUGCCAAGUGCCAGAACACGAAGCUGGAGGCCGCAGUGACCCAGGCGGAGCAGCAGGGUGAGACGGCCGUCAGCGAUGCCCGCUGCAAGCUGGCUGAGCUGGAGGCUGCCCUGCAGAAGGCCAAGCAGGACAUGGCCUGCCUGCUCAAGGAGUACCAGGAGGUGAUGAACUCCAAGCUGGGCCUGGACAUCGAGAUCGCCACCUACAGGCGCCUGCUGGAGGGCGAGGAGCACAGGCUGUGUGAAGGCGUUGGAUCUGUGAAUGUCUGUGUCAGCAGCUCCCGGGGCGGGGUUGUCUGUGGGGACCUCUGCGUGUCUGGCUCCCGACCAGUGAUAGGCAAUGCCUGCAGCGCCCCCUGCAGUGGGAACCUGGCGGUGAGCACUGGAAUGUGCGCGCCCUGCUGCCAACUGAACACCACCUGUGGAGGCGGCUCCUGCGGCCUGGGGAGAUGUUAGGCUGCCCCCAGAGAGCCAGAGAAGCCCCUUCUGCCUGCAAGACAUGCCA